AAUGGCUCUGAGCGAUUUGCCCACUUUUCCUUCUAUGAAGGAUGACUUUCGUCUUCCAGUAUUGCAGUUUGAUGAUUCGGGACUUGAGUCAGAUGUUGCACUUAGUUUGGAAUCCCAUAUCUUCUCCGCUAAGACACUGGCCAGAGCGCUGGUUAAUCGUUGUAGCACUCUGAAGAUCAAGGAGUACUUGCAGACCGUCACACCAAGCCGAGUGAGCAAGACUUUAGAACAUCUUGUCAAGCAUCACCGUGUGAUCACUUACGCGAUUGACAGCGAUUCUGUCGAAACCGUCCGACUUCUCCUAGAGUACGAUGUCAACGUCAAUGCUUUGGACUUCGGGCACAUUCCGUUGCUUGGUUUUGCUAUAAUGCGGGCCGUGCGAACUGGAUAUGUUAACGUCGAAAUCAUCAAAAUGCUUCUGGCCCAGGGUGCCAACCCCAAAUCAGUUCCAAAAGAUAUGUGGCAGGAUUUCAUCAAGACACCAAGAGCAACACGACCUGAUCUCCUAUCUACAGAACACGACUCAUGGUGUAUUACUCAGUUUCGUACAAUUCUCUCCAAGACGUUGAAUCUGACGGUGCGCUAUUGUCUAUGGCAAGCCAAUCGUUUUCAUGCCCCAUCCAGACGGCUGCUGCAGAUGGCCAAAGGUCACAAGAUUAACCCGUUGCUAAAGCUACCCUUUCAAAUCAUUGGACAAGAAUUAGGAACCCAGCUGGUCAUGGAGAAUCUGUUUGGACAUAUCGCUCUCAACACCACAAGUCCCUUUGUACUAGCAUUCGCCGGUUUAUCAGGGCAUGGUAAGACCGAACUUGCCACGCAGAUGGGAAAGUUGUUGUCGGCCAAGAUGAUUUCCCUGGAUUGCGCACAGAUGACGACGGUUGAGGCACUACUUGGCAGUCCGUCCGGUUAUCAUGGCAAUUCCGAUGGGGCGCCCCUUAACAACUACCUCGUAGAGAACCAAGGUAAACGCUGUGUUGUAUUCCUGGACGAGUUCGACAAGACCACAGCCAAUGUCCGCAACGCGUUGCUCAAGGUGAUGGACGAUGGGACUUACCGCGACCGUCGCUCAGACCGAGAUUCUGGUGAGAUUGAAUGUUCACGUGUGAUCUGGAUCCUCGCCACAAAUCUUGGAGAUCAUAUCAUCGGCCACUUCUACGAAGAGCAACUUGCCGAUUUAGCUGGGCGCAUCAAUGCCAUAGUUCCCUUUUUUCAGUUCAGUUCAAAAGAACAAGCAGUGGUGGCACACAAGUUCCUGAUGGACAUGCAAAACGAUGCCCGUCAAGACAUUGACAUUGAGGAGCCCAGGUGCGUAUUUGUUGGCCAUGUAAACAUUCGUGUUCUGGAGGACGGCAAGGUGUGUCAGCACAUCGCAGAUAACGGCUAUCACAAGGAUCUUGGCGCUCGUUCCAUCAGAAAUGCUGUCAAUAACGUUCGACGUCAUUUUGCGCUUGUAUAUGCGGCGAGUGAUGAGCUUGUCGAGGAUGAUAUGAACAAGGGAGAAAUGCACGAAUACGUUGUGCAGUUGAAUCCAGUAUCGGAAACUGAAUCUGAAAUUUCAGUAACACAUGACAAAGUUGCAAACGUGGUAGGGAAUUUGGCAAUCAGCGAGGAUUGA